CCAAGCAACAAACACCUCCAUUCCUUCGUACUCCUCUCCAAUGGCGUCCCCAAAGUUCUCGCUCUCGAACUCCGCCCUCUCCUUCUUCUUCUUUGCUUCCUUGUGCUUCUUUGCAUCGCAAGCCUUGGGGGACUCCGGAUGGCAGAACGCACACGCCACGUUCUACGGCGGUGGCGAUGCCUCCGGCACGAUGGGAGGGGCUUGUGGAUAUGGCAACCUCUACAGCCAGGGGUACGGGACCAACACCGCGGCCCUCAGCACCGCUCUCUUCAACAACGGGCUCAGCUGCGGCUCGUGCUACGAGAUGCGGUGCGCUGACGACCCCCAGUGGUGCCUCCCAGGCUCCAUCAUCGUCACCGCCACCAAUUACUGUCCCCCGAACUACGCCCUCCCCAACGACAACGGCGGGUGGUGCAACCCUCCCCGCGAGCACUUCGACCUCGCCGAGCCUGCCUUCCUCCAAAUUGCCCAGUACCGUGCCGGCAUCGUCCCCAUCUCCUACCGUAGGGUCCCCUGUGUGAAGAAGGGAGGGGUAAGGUUCACCAUCAAUGGCCACUCCUACUUCAACUUGGUUCUCAUCACCAAUGUCGCUGGGGCCGGAGACGUGCAUGCGGUGUCGAUCAAGGGGUCCAACACCGGAUGGCAGGCCAUGUCGCGAAACUGGGGCCAGAAUUGGCAGAGCAAUGGCUACCUCAACGGCCAGAGCCUCUCCUUCCAGGUCACCUCCAGCGACGGGAAGACCGUCACCAGCUACAACGUCGUGCCGGCCAACUGGCAGUUCGGCCAGACCUUUGAGGGAGAACAAUUCUAGGCCUCCAUUGUUAGGGGGGUCUUAAGGGUUUGGGGUUUGGGAGGAUGGCCUCUCUUUGACUUUGAGAGAGGUUUGGGCCUGGUUGAAUGCUGAGGUGGCUUUAUUAGCACCCGCUGAGAUGGCCUAAAUAGUAGACAUAUUAGACAUAGAUGGUCGUCUUUGUUUCUUGUUGGCAAUUUAGAUUGAAUGCCUUGUGGAGAUUAAGAAAUCAAGGCCUUGGGUGUAUAGAAUUGGAAUCCUCAACAUAUUAUAAUAUGAUUGUGUGGGGGAUGGUAUGUCAAUUAGAGGAAAGUAUGAUGUUUGCUUUGUGUAUUUCAAACAUAAUAUUUGUAAUCGAUUGUUCUCCAAUAAUAAUAAGCAAUUUAUUAAUUGCAGCAA